AUGGCUAAAGAUAUACAGGUGACAGUCACGUGCCCUGAAAAGCACCAAAACAUGAAUCAGUGUGUGCGGCUUUUACAAAAAGAUGAGAAUGAAAAAUGCCAAAAUCGACGGGCUGAAAUCACAUGUGAAGGUCAUGCGGAAAAAACUCAAGUAAACGUCGGUCUGAUAGUCGGUGUUUUGCUGGGCAUUCUGGGAUUGCUGGGUGUGAUUUCACAGAGAAAUCGACUUUCAGCCUUAAGACGCUACGGACAAAAAGAUGCCAAAGACAAAAGCUUAAAUGCAAAUGAGAUGAAUAACAUGGAAACAGUGGACAGAGAUUCUGAGGAAAAGAUGUCAUUGUUUGAAAAGGACGAUUAUGAGGAGGUGGAUGCUCCCAUAACCAACAGAAAAGGAGAGGAUGAUGCAGAUGAUAAAAGUGCAGGUUCUACUGGGACAGAAUAUGAUGACAUUGAGGAACAAGCCCAUGACGUCUCCCAUUCUCAAACGCACGAUGAGGACGACCCUGGCCUUCCACUGCUUCCCAAGAGACCUGAGACCUUGCUUGAUGAGGUCACCUAUGAAGUGGAGAUAGAAGGAGAGCAAGACUAUGAUGAUGCCAUGCCCAGAGAGCCUCUGGCCAAUGAGAAUGCAGGGACUCCUACGGCAGACCCGCCAGCCCAAGCUGAUGUAAUCAUGGAUGCUGAAACAAAUGCAAAUAUUGAGGUAGUGGAG